CUCUGCCUGUCACUCUUCCCCUUGCAGGGACCGUAAGUGGCGACUAUGGGCAGACUGGGCUAUUGGACCCUGCUGGUGCUGCCGGCCCUUCUGGUCUGGCGCGGUCCCGCGCAGGGCGCGGCGGCGGAGAAGGGUCCCCCCGCGCUGAACAUAGCGGUGCUACUGGGUCACAGCCACGACGUGACGGAGCGCGAACUUCGAAACCUGUGGGGCCCGGAGCAGGCGGCAGGGCUGCCCUUGGACGUGAACGUGGUAGCGCUGCUGAUGAACCGCACCGACCCCAAGAGCCUCAUCACGCAUGUGUGCGACCUCAUGUCCGGGGCGCGCAUUCAUGGCCUCGUGUUUGGGGAUGACACCGACCAGGAGGCCGUGGCCCAGAUGCUGGAUUUUAUCUCCUCGCAGACUUUCGUCCCCAUCUUGGGCAUCCACGGGGGCUCAUCUAUGAUCAUGGCUGACAAGGAUCCUACGUCUACCUUCUUCCAGUUUGGAGCGUCCAUCCAGCAACAAGCCACGGUCAUGCUGAAGAUCAUGCAGGACUAUGACUGGCAUGUCUUCUCGCUGGUGACCACCAUCUUCCCUGGUUACAGGGACUUCAUCAGCUUCAUCAAGACCACAGUAGACAAUAGCUUUGUGGGCUGGGACAUGCAGAACGUGAUCACGCUGGACACUUCCUUUGAGGAUGCAAAGACCCAGGUCCAGUUGAAGAAGAUCCACUCCUCCGUCAUUUUGCUCUACUGUUCCAAAGAUGAGGCCGUCCUCAUCCUGAGUGAGGCCCGCUCCCUUGGCCUCACCGGGUAUGAUUUCUUCUGGAUUGUCCCCAGUUUAGUGUCUGGGAACACGGAGCUCAUCCCCAAAGAGUUUCCAUCAGGACUUAUUUCAGUCUCCUAUGAUGAUUGGGACUACAGCCUGGAGGCGAGAGUGAGGGACGGUCUUGGGAUUCUAGCUACUGCUGCGUCUUCCAUGUUGGAGAGGUUCUCCUACAUCCCCGAGGCCAAGGCCAGCUGCUAUGGGCAGAUGGAGAAACCAGAGGCCCCACUGCACACUCUGCACCAAUUUAUGGUCAAUGUGACAUGGGAUGGCAAAGAUUUAUCCUUCACUGAAGAAGGCUAUCAGGUGCACCCCAGGCUGGUGGUGAUUGUGCUGAACAAGGACCGAGAAUGGGAAAAGGUGGGCAAGUGGGAGAACCAGACCCUGAGCCUGAGGCAUGCUGUGUGGCCGAGGUACAAAUCCUUUUCUGACUGUGAGCCGGAUGACAACCAUCUGAGCAUCGUCACCCUGGAAGAGGCCCCUUUUGUCAUUGUGGAAGACAUAGACCCGCUGACGGAGACCUGUGUGAGGAACACCGUGCCGUGUCGGAAGUUUGUCAAAAUCAACAAUUCAACCAACGAGGGGAUGAAUGUUAAAAAAUGCUGCAAGGGGUUCUGCAUUGAUAUCCUGAAGAAGCUUUCCAGAACGGUGAAGUUUACCUACGACCUCUACCUGGUGACCAAUGGGAAGCAUGGCAAAAAGGUCAACAAUGUGUGGAAUGGGAUGAUUGGCGAAGUGGUCUAUCAACGAGCUGUCAUGGCAGUGGGCUCGCUCACUAUUAACGAGGAACGUUCUGAAGUGGUGGACUUCUCCGUGCCCUUUGUGGAGACGGGAAUCAGUGUCAUGGUGUCAAGAAGCAACGGCACUGUCUCGCCUUCUGCUUUUCUAGAGCCAUUCAGCGCCUCCGUGUGGGUGAUGAUGUUUGUGAUGCUGCUCAUUGUCUCUGCCAUAGCUGUUUUUGUCUUUGAAUACUUCAGUCCUGUUGGAUACAACAGAAACUUAGCCAAAGGGAAAGCACCCCAUGGGCCUUCUUUUACCAUUGGAAAGGCUAUCUGGCUCCUUUGGGGCCUGGUGUUCAACAACUCUGUGCCUGUCCAGAACCCUAAAGGUACCACCAGCAAGAUCAUGGUGUCAGUAUGGGCCUUCUUCGCUGUCAUAUUCCUGGCCAGUUACACGGCCAAUCUGGCUGCUUUCAUGAUCCAGGAGGAAUUUGUGGACCAAGUGACUGGCCUCAGUGACAAAAAGUUUCAGAGACCUCAUGACUAUUCCCCACCUUUUCGAUUUGGGACAGUGCCUAAUGGAAGUACGGAGAGAAACAUUCGGAAUAACUACCCCUACAUGCAUCAGUACAUGACCAAAUUUAAUCAGAAGGGAGUAGAGGACGCCUUGGUCAGCUUGAAAACGGGGAAGCUGGACGCUUUCAUCUAUGAUGCAGCGGUCUUGAAUUACAAGGCUGGGAGAGAUGAAGGCUGCAAGCUUGUGACCAUAGGGAGUGGGUACAUCUUUGCCACCACUGGUUAUGGAAUUGCUCUCCAGAAGGGCUCUCCUUGGAAGAGGCAGAUUGAUCUGGCCCUGCUUCAGUUUGUUGGUGAUGGUGAAAUGGAGGAGCUGGAGACACUGUGGCUCACGGGCAUCUGCCACAACGAGAAGAACGAGGUGAUGAGCAGCCAGCUGGACAUCGACAACAUGGCGGGUGUGUUCUACAUGCUGGCAGCCGCCAUGGCCCUCAGCCUCAUUACCUUCAUCUGGGAGCAUCUCUUCUACUGGAAGCUGCGCUUCUGUUUCACGGGCGUGUGCUCUGACCGGCCAGGCUUGCUAUUCUCCAUCAGCAGGGGCAUCUACAGCUGCAUUCACGGAGUGCACAUUGAAGAAAAGAAGAAGUCUCCAGACUUCAAUCUGACCGGAUCCCAGAGCAACAUGUUAAAGCUCCUUCGGUCAGCCAAAAACAUUUCCAACAUGUCCAACAUGAACUCCUCAAGAAUGGACUCCCCUAAAAGAGCUGCUGACUUUAUCCAAAGAGGUUCCAUCAUCAUGGACAUGGUUUCUGAUAAGGGGAAUUUGAUAUACUCAGACAACAGGUCCUUUCAAGGGAAGGACAGCAUUUUUGGGGACAACAUGAAUGAACUCCAAACAUUUGUGGCCAACAGGCACAAGGAUAACCUCAAUAACUAUGUGUUCCAGGGACAACACCCUCUGACUCUCAAUGAGUCCAACCCUAACACGGUGGAGGUGGCUGUGAGCACAGAAUCCAAAGGGAACUCCAGACCCCGGCAGCUUUGGAAGAAAUCUAUGGAGUCUCUACGCCAGGAUUCACUGAGCCAGAAUCCGGCCUCCCAAAGGGAUGAGGGGACAGUAGAGAAUAGGACCCACUCCCUAAAGAGCCCUAGGUACCUUCCAGAGGAGGUGGCCCAUUCUGACAUCUCAGAAACUUCAAGUCGGGCCACAUGCCACAGGGAACCUGACAACAAUAAGAACCACAAAACUAAGGACAACUUCAAAAGGUCCAUGGCCUCCAAAUACCCCAAGGACUGUAGCGAGGUUGAACGCUCCUAUCUGAAAACCAAAGCAAGCUCCCCCAGGGACAAGAUCUACACCAUCGAUGGUGAGAAGGAGCCCAGUUUCCACUUAGAUCCUCCCCAGUUCAUGGAAAACAUGGGCCUUCCUGAGAACGUGGACUUCCCCAACACCUACCAGGAUCACAAUGACAACUUCCGCAAGGGGAACUCCACGCUGCCGUUGAACAGGAACCCUCCACAUAAUGAAGAUGGGCUUCCCAACAACGACCAUUAUAAACUCUACUCCAAGCACUUCACCUUGAAAGAGAAGGGUUCCCCUCACAGCGAGGGCAGUGACCGCUACCGGCAGAACUCCACACACUGCAGGAGCUGCCUUUCCAACCUGCCCACCUAUUCUGGCCAUUUCACCAUGAGAUCCCCUUUCAAGUGUGAUGCCUGCCUGCGGAUGCGGAACCUCUACGACAUUGAUGAAGACCAGAUGCUUCAGGAGACAGGUAACCCAGCCACCCAGGAGGAGGCCUACCAGCAGGACUGGGCACAGAACAAUGCCCUCCAAUUCCAAAAGAACAAGCUGAGGAUUAGCCGUCAGCAUUCCUACGAUAACAUUCUCGACAACCCUAGGGAGAUAGACCUUAGCAGGCCCUCCCGGAGCAUAAGCCUCAAGGACAGGGAACGGCUUCUGGAGGGAAAUUUGUAUGGGAGCCUGUUUAGUGUCCCCUCAAGCAAACUCUUGGGGAACAAAAACUCCCUCUUCCCCCAAGGUCUGGAGGACAGUAAGAGGAGCAAGUCUCUCUUGCCAGACCACACUUCCGAUAAUCCUUUCCUCCACUCCUACGGGGAUGACCAACGCUUAGUUAUUGGGAGGUGCCCCUCGGACCCUUAUAAACACUCGUUGCCAUCCCAGGCAGUGAAUGACAGCUAUCUUCGAUCGUCCUUGAGGUCAACAGCAUCAUACUGUUCCAGGGACAGUCGGGGCCACAAUGAUGUGUAUAUUUCGGAGCAUGUUAUGCCUUAUGCUGCAAAUAAGAAUAAUAUGUACUCUACCCCCAGGGUUUUAAAUUCCUGCAGCAAUAGACGUGUGUACAAGAAAAUGCCUAGUAUUGAAUCUGAUGUUUAAAAUCUUCCAUUAAUGUUUUAUCUAUAGGGAAACACAUGUAAUGGCCAUCGUUCUGGAGGGUACAUAUUGGAUGUCCAAUAGUGCCCUGCUGAGAGGAAGAGAAUUUAGGGAGGUAUUUUUUGUUGGCUCUUUUGCACAUGGCUCCAUGCCAUAAUCUUCCACUCAAGGAAUCUUGUAAGGUGUGUGCUGAGCAUGGCAGAUACCAGAUAGGUGAGUCCUUAACCAAAAAACAAAUAAAUAAGGGCAAGUCUUUUGGACAUGCCUGCUAGGUGUGUUGGCAAUAAGUAUGAAUUGAAUGCCAAUGGUGUUGUCAUGAUUUCCUAUAUUCCAAAUUCCAUUAAGAUCAGUCCACCAUGUAAUUUCCUCAUCAGAAAUGCCUAACAAUUUCUCUCAUACAGAAUAAGCAAUAUGGUAUGCAUGUAAAUCUGACACAGACAAAAUAAAACAGUUAAGAAUGCA